CCCGAGUUUAUUUUUCCUUCAGUUCCGCAGUCCAUUUCGUUGGGGUCGAUGGUUUUACGUUUUAGUUUAGUUACGUUUAGUGGUAGUGUUAUUAUUUUGUUUAUAAGAAGUUUUUUUCGUAUUGUAUGUGAAUUUUUUACCAAGGCGUCUUUGAACAUUUUUGCAGUGAUGGACUCGUCUUCCUUAUCAUGUACAAACAGGAUGGGAGUAGUUUUAUAGAUUUUCUACUAGGCUAAAUGACUGUCAUAUACAAACUUGUUAAAAAUGCUUCACUUUUUGUUACUGUUUCUGUGUACAACUAGUACGCUAGCCUUUCUAGAAGGUCCCAAUGUGUGUACGACGCAAGAAACGUACACGACGACUGUACGAGUUUCCGAACAGCAGCCCUAUCAAGUGAGGGAAUACGUGUGGUGUUUAAAUUUUCCGCCAAGAUGCUCAAAGUACAAAAUUAAGUUCAAAACUGUUUAUAAAACGCAGAAUUUAAGUAAAGUUAGACCUGUAAGUGACUGCUGUAAAGGUUACGCGAGGAGUUCGGACGAUCGGUGUGUGGCCGUGUGCUCCAAGGAAUGCGUACAUGGGACCUGCAUAGCACCGGACCAAUGUUUGUGCGAAACAGGAUACGGGGGACCAUACUGUGAUAUUUCUUGCCCCAAAAACUUAUGGGGCCGUGAGUGCCAAAACCGUUGCAAAUGCCAGAACAAUUCCACUUGCGAUCCAUUCGACGGUUCCUGCCGUUGCGCCCGCGGAUGGACCGGUAAGCUCUGCGAGAACAAAUGCAGUGCGGGCAGCUACGGCCAAGACUGCACCGAGAGGUGUAGGUGCGUGCACGGCGACUGCGAUCACGUGUCGGGCGAAUGUCGCUGCAACUCCGGUUGGACGGGACCACUCUGCGACAACUCCUGUCCGCUCGGCAAACACGGCGCCGAGUGCAAGUCGGACUGCCGGUGCCAAAACGAAGGAACCUGCGACCCGGAAGACGGCCAAUGUUUCUGCAAGCCGGGCUGGACCGGGCCCGUCUGCGCAAACCGGUGUCCGUUCGGGUUCUGGGGGGAGAAGUGCACUCAGACCUGCGGCUGCCACAACGGGGCUUCGUGCCAUCACGUUACCGGGAAAUGCGAAUGCCAGCCUGGGUUCACAGGCAAUAGGUGUUUGGAUAUAUGCACGGAAGGGACGUACGGUUUGAAUUGUACCGAGGAGUGCAAAUGCAAGAAUGGUGCCAAAUGCUCAAAUAUUGAUGGAAAUUGCACGUGUUCGCUGGGUUGGACGGGGAAGUUCUGUGAACAAAGGGCGUGUCCGGAACACUUGUGGGGCUACAAUUGCUCAAAGACUUGCGCGUGCAGUCGAGACAACACGGAAAUGUGCCACCCUUGGACCGGCGAGUGCGUGUGCAAGCCCGGCUGGAACAGUAAAGAUUGUUCUAGGUUGUGUCCGUUGUUGACUUUCGGCAAAGGUUGCCAUGGGCUUUGUGAUUGCAAGAAUAAUGCUCAAUGUUCACCAGUUGAUGGUACCUGUAUAUGUGCUCCAGGUUUUACUGGAGCCGAUUGUGGAAAAACGUGUCCACUUAAUAUGUUUGGAGAGGAUUGUUCACAGAAAUGUGACUGUAAAAAUGGAGCAACUUGUUCGAGCGAGACAGGUCAGUGUAUCUGUACUGCCGGAUGGGAAGGCCAGCAGUGUGAUCGACCCUGCAGCAACUAUUCCUAUGGUAUACAGUGUACUAAACAGUGUGCUUGCAAAAAUGGAGCCUCUUGUAGUCCCCAAAACGGAACUUGUACUUGUGGAGCAGGAUAUACUGGUCAGUUUUGCGAAACUAAGUGUCAUUCCGAAGCGUUUGGUGUUAACUGUCAACAAGAAUGCCAGUGUGAACAAGGAAAUUAUAUUGGUUGUGACCCAGUUAGUGGCAAAUGCAAUUGUAAACCUGACUGGAAAGGCGUGCGCUGCGAAACACACUGUCCGUCUGGAAAAUUCGGGCCUACGUGCGAAGAAGAUUGCAACUGUAAAAAUAACAGCUCGUGCGAUCCGGAGUCCGGGAAAUGCUACUGUGCCAGAGGGUGGCAAGGCGAGGAUUGUUCGAAACCGUGCGAUGAGGGGUACUACGGUAUCGGGUGCCAGCAAACGUGUCCACAACUUGCUAUGGGAAACAAAACCUGUGAUCACGUUACGGGAGAAUAUGUUUGUCCCGCUGGUUACAUAGGCAUCACGUGUGAGCACCCUUGCCCUUUGGGUACCUACGGCAAGAACUGCCAAAGCAACUGCUCUUGUAAAAACGGCGGCGACUGUCACCACGUCACAGGCGAAUGCCAGUGCCUUCCAGGAUGGAUGGGCAAGAACUGCAGCAUCCCGUGUGAAUCCGGUCGCUUUGGCAUGAACUGCAGCCAACACUGCAAGUGUUCGAACAACGGCGAAUGCAGACGUAACGAUGGCGUCUGCAAGUGCCAGCCCGGCUGGACCGGAACCCAGUGCACCGAAAUUUGUCCAGAGGGCUACUUCGGUGACCACUGCAUGACCCCUUGCGAGUGCAAGAACGACAACUUCGUGUGUCACCCGGUCAAGGGGUGUGUCUGCCGUCACGGUUUCGCCGGGGAAAAUUGCGACGAACCCAUUCUUCUGGGCAGUUAUCGGACACCGUAUGACGAAACCCACAACAACUACGGGAGCGUAAUCGCUGGGGUUAUCGUCGCCGUGAUUGCUUUGGUUGCGGCAGGGUGCAUUUUCGUGUACUACAGACGGCGAGUUUCCAAUUUGAAAACCGAGAUAGCACACGUGCAAUACAUAGCCGACCCGAACGGAUUCUCGCCGGAUCGCAAUCAUUUCGACAAUCCUGUUUAUUCCUACCAAGGGGGUGUCAAGAGAGACAACGAACACUUACUGAACAAUUCCAAACAAAUACGUAACAAUCUUCACAAGCCGACGAACACGAAUUUGGAGAGGGCGAGAUUAGGGGUUGCGUGCUGUUCGACCGACGACGACGAUUUGAAGGGUAGUUACGGCACAGAUGAGUUGCAGUCGUUGAAGAAUAGGGAAGCGGAUGCCACGAAUCCGAAUAUCUACCACAGCAUUGACAAAAUUGAUCACGUUUAUGACGAAAUUAAACAGAAGGAUGUAAAGGACAUCGAAUUGGAAUACGAUCACUUGGAUUAUACAAGGCCGGCAACAACAUUAAAACCGCAUUAUCAGAGAAUGGCGAGCCCAUUUGGGUCUAGGGACCUGGAUAAAAGUGAUAAGUCUGAGACUGAAUGAGAUAUUUGAUAACUGUUGACAAUGUUUUGUAUAUUAUGUGUGUUCUGAAUGUUUGAUAUUUUUUAACCUUUACUAUGCUCAUUAACGAUCUUUAGAUCUCGGAUUAUGACGUUUUCAAAGUCAGUUUGUUCUUAUACUUUACAUAACAUGGCAAUUCUACGUACUAUUCGAUAAUUGUAUUAACGUUGUAUUUUAUGAAUAAUGAGUGUAAUUUUUAUUGAGAGAUUCUCUAAACGAUAAGUAAUAUUUUAAGCGAGUGUAUGUUCUUUAUGUUUUAUUUCGUUUUGCAAUAUGUGUAUCAGAGCAAUAAUUUUCUUAGCAUAUCAGAUAUUAAGUAAGGUGAAAAUAUGUAUAAUCUAGUUUUACUUUUAAACUUAUUUUAGUCGUAAUGUAAAUCAUCUCUUAUCAUUUAAUGAUGUGUAUAUAAUAAUUUUCAUUAAUUUAUGUAAUACUUUCUGUGAUAAGUAUAAAAUAAAUUUUAUCUUUCAA